AUGGAUGGACAACAUAAGAAACGUGGAUUGGCCUGGAUAUUGCAAAAUGUACAAAGGCAGCUCGCGACCAAGAAAGAUGGAGGGUCAUCACACGUCAACCUCAGAGUCAGACAUGACACCUCCAGACUGGUGGAGAAGACCAGCCACAAGAACAAGAUGUCUGGCGCGAUGAAGGCGCUGUUGGUUGUUCUGCUCCUUGCUCUCGUCGCUGUGGUGGUGCUGGCUGUGGUCAUCGUACUGAUCAAGGACGACGACGACAAAGAGGUCAUCAAUGUCACACCAGAUACGAAUACAGGCGACAAGACUGAUGAAGAGAAACUACCAAAAGAAAAAACCAUGGAGAAUCGUGGUGACCAGCACUUCAAGGAUUGGCUCAAGACCAUCAUCGGAGACUCUCCUCUUAUCUCUCCAUCAUGGAACGAAGCCACAUUUGACCUCAAUGACGUCUUGUUCAACGCUACCGACCUAGGGUUUAGCAUCCUGGUGGGCGUCUAUCCACAAGUAGAUGACAAGAACUCGAGUGUACACAUAUUGAAGAUGGACCAACCUAGUUUGGGCAUGCCGGGUCAGAAGUACUACCUGGUCCCAAGGAAUGACACAAUGCUCAUGGCCUACCAGACAUUAAUCUACAAAGUGACCGAGACACUGGGGUUCGCAGACCCCGACACAGCCCAGCAAGAUGUGACGGACUUGGUGGAUUUCGAAAUACAGCUUGCACAGAUUUCUGUCCCAUCCGAGGAGAGAUGGGACCCAGAAGCCCUGUACAACCCAAUGACGUUGGGAGAAGUCCAUGCAAACUACAGUUCGGCAGAAUUGGACAUGAUGCAGUUCGUGGUCGCAUUGCUGCAUGCUCCGGAAGUAGGAAUCACAGACGUCACAGAAAAUGAAACCAUCAUCAAUGUCUCGCCUCCUUACUUUAGAAAUUUCACGGAACUCAUCAGAAACACUCCGAAAAGGACGUUAGCCAACUACGUGUUCUGGCGUGUAACAGGGGGCUACUUAGAAACCUUGACACAGACCUACAGAUCCCUUGUGUUUGAAUACUACAAGGUUGUGUACGGCAUCCAGCAAGGGGAGCCGCGAGACCAGGUCUGCGCUCGUUUUGCCAAAGGACAAAUUGGCUUCGCUAUCGGCAAAGUUUUUGUCGACCGGUACUUUGAACCCGAAGCCAAAUCUAUGGCCCUCGAUAUGAUACAGGGUCUCCAGACUGCGUUUGAUGAACUAGUGGAUGAGCUGUCCUGGAUGGACCCGGAGACGAAAAGACUUGCUCGGGAAAAGAACGACGUCAUUCAGUCCAAGAUUGGUUACCCGGAGUUUGUGAGAAACGACACGUAUCUAGAGGAGGUUUACUCAAACUUUACUUUUACAAGGUACCAGUACUUCGAAAACAACGUAAUGAUAGGGAAAGUGAGCCAUGACUCCCUGAUGCGACAACUGAGGCAGCCAGUGGACACUAACGCGUGGUUCAUGACCCCCGCUACUGUAAACGCCUAUUACUACCCGGUGAACAACGAGAUUGCGUUUCCAGCCGGAAUUCUUCAGCCCCCGUUUUUCAGUAAAGAUUUUCCAAAGUCCCUUAACUAUGGAGGUAUUGGCAUGGUGAUAGGACAUGAAAUAACUCAUGGCUUUGACGAAAGAGGUAGACAGUACGACAAGACCGGAAACCUGGAGCAGUGGUGGAGCGACUCCGCUAUCCAAAAGUUUAUAAAUAAGACACAGUGUAUGGUGGACCAGUAUAGUGCUUACGUCAUGGAGGAGGCCGGGAUGAAUGUGAGUGUGCUUGGUGGAGAAAAGUCUACUCACUACCACAAACAUACUUACAAUUGCCGUGGGAAACAAAGAAAUUCUGCACGAGUCAUUGGUCCAAACCAGAAUUCUGAGGACUUCUCCCGAGUGUUCAAUUGUCCCAAGUCCUCCUUCAUGAACGCGGAAAAGAAGUGUCAGGUGUGGUAG